AUGAAGACCUCCGAUACAUUCUCAACUGAAUCCCUUGCGCAAGCCAACGAUGUUGCCUUGGUCGCGCUACUCGGUCAACUAGGCCAGAGUGUGCAGGAAAUCCGCGAGUUGGGCAAAAAGUUUACAGUUGUUGAUAGAGCUCGGCAACAUGCUGAAUCAGCGAUGGUAAUGAGUGGUACGCAUUCGAGAAUGGAUGAUUUCCUUCGCCAGCCGAUUUGA